AUGUACAACGGCGCGACUUUUCGAAUCAAAAUUAAUGGUACAAUAACGCAUCCUAUUAAUUUCGAGUCUGGAGUGCGUCAAGGUUGCUCGUCAUCUGGUAUUAUAUAUGUAGUGUGUCUCGAACCUCUAUUGUAUAAUCUCAGAAAUAAUCCAAAAAUCCCAGGCACCAUCCCACCAGGUGCGCAGUAUGAGGCUGUACGAAGGAAGGCUUUCCCUUAUGAUGGAAUUGAUAGCACAAUAAAAACAAUAGCAUAUGCCGAUGAUAUUGAUACUAUUGUGUUCAGUAGAGAUGAGGAGACGGAGACUAUCAAGAUGUUUGACCUUUACAACCAGGCAUCAGAUGGAAAAACAAAUGUUGAGAAGACUGAGGUUUUCUGGAUUAGUGAUUGGCUACCACCACCAGCAUGUCAGGGACAAGUCAAACUUGACUGGUGCUGCUUCUUAGGGGUUCCGAUCGACAAACGGGGGCAUUUUCCACCUUCUGAAUUAUUUAAGCUCAAAAUGUCUUUAAAACAAAAUUUGGGGAUGUGGUCGCAAGUUAGCCUCUCUCAUUUAGAGAGAAGUACAAUAUUGAAAGUUUUCGCUCUGAGUUGUAUCGUCUACCGUCUCUCCCUCAUCACAGUCCCAUUAACCACCAUUAAUGAAUUGCAAAAGAUCGCAAAUACCUUCGUGUGGCCGGGUAAACACCCCACAAUUAGUUUUAAAACUAUAACUGGAAAAAAGGUAGAUGGAGGAUUUGCCUUAUUAGAUAUUAAAACAAUGGUCGAAGGGUUCAGAAUUAAAUGUGGCUUACGUCUAAUGUCUAACUCUCCAACGAAGUGGAAGUUUUAUGCUCUGCAGUCCAUGGCCACUCAGUUACAGCGUUUUGAUCGUUCAUUAUGGUCAAACCUAGUCCCGCAUAUACAGCAGGGGGCUAGUCUAUCUUGCGAAGCAGUGGACAGAACAGCGAAAUGGUUAACAGAUGGAAACCCAUCCGUCAUACCAGAAACAGGUUUAUCCAUUUAUUGGCAGCUGAUAUAUGAGUAUCAUUUUCGACUACCAGUGUGCUACCGGAAGAUGAAUCAUCUUAAAAAUAUACAAUUUUUUAAACUCUUACUGGCGAGUAAAAUGUCAACACAUGCACAUGAGAUUUGGGUAAAACUAGUGAACAAUGCACUACACAUACGAGCACGAGGUGGUAGAAGUGAACAGGAAAAACAAUGUGUUUUUUGUGAUCAACCUGAAACUGUGUACCAAUCUAUGGAUCGUGUGUACCUUUUUCUAACCAGUAUAUGA